CUCAUCACACAUCGCAUAGAAUAUCCAAAUAUCGCUUUAUCACCUUUUUGAUUUACUCUUUCAAGAAUAAGCUUACAAUACUUUUGCCUUUUUAUUUUGCAUCGGUCGGGACCGUCAUCUCGCAACGUCUCCAAUUUUUCCUCUGCGGAACCUUCAUUUAAUCAGGCAACAACUGCACUGUUUUAGGAUUCAUAAUCUCAAUCUCUAGUAAACACACCGCUGAACACCUGGGCGACAGAGGACAAUAUGCCAAAAGCUACUGAGUGAAUUCAGUCGCUAUCGAUGCGCCCAUCUGUAUUUGUCUAAAGCGGAGCCAGGAUUUUCCCCUUCACCCAACAAACCGCGAGAAUGUCCUUGGAGCAUGGCCUGGCUUCCACACCAAUCCCAACACACUUAACCCUCUGAACCCUAACGUUCCAAAGCUACAAAAUAUCCUGCUUGGUUUUGAACCCUUUUUCUCCCUUAUUUCUCUUGCUCUUGUUCACAUGUCCUGAUGGAUUGGAAGCGCCCCGAUCCCUCGAUCUGUUGACCCUUGGGGUGAGGGGAUAGAGUAGACAGGACAGGUUUUCUCAAAAUACACAAGUGUUCGGCCACCAUUGUACCAAUUCAUCUGAUGGAGAGUUAGAAUAACGGGAGCUACUACGGUGGAGGGAGAGUAGUGGAGGAGAUAAACCGAAACCAAAAAAAGUAAGCUAAGAAUCAUCACAAAGACUCCUUCUUUGCCCAGCCAUUGAGAUUGCUUAGCUGAGAGCUCCAAAGACCAGUACUUGGGGAAUAUAUAGAGAAACUGAUAAAUCUCCAUAAAGCAUCGUGUACCAAACACCUUAAGACCCAAAAUGUCCACGACAGCAACCAUGGGUGAGAUGGCAAACAGUGUGGUGGACUUUUACCCCAAGCAGGGAGGAGGUGGUGCAGAAGCCAAUCAUGCUGGAGACUUUGGGGUGACGUUGGAAGAGCUCCAGUCCCUGAUGGAGAUGAGAGGGCCUGAGGCCUUGCAGAAAAUUCAGGAAAAUUAUGGAGAUGCAGACGGCCUAUGCCAGAGACUUAAAUCUUCCACCAGUGAUGGUUUGUCAGAUAACCCUAUAGAUCUGGAGAAGCGCAGACAAACAUUUGGACAAAAUUUCAUACCCCCCAAAAAGCCCAAGACCUUCCUUCAGCUGGUGUGGGAGGCAUUACAAGAUGUCACUCUCAUCAUCCUGGAGAUCGCUGCCAUCAUCUCUCUUGGCCUGUCCUUCUAUCAGCCUCCUGGACACGAGAGCGAGGGCUGUGGGAAAGUGUCUGGAGGAGUCGAAGAUGAUGGGGAGGCAGAGGCAGGAUGGAUUGAAGGUGCCGCCAUCCUGCUGUCUGUAAUUUGCGUGGUGCUGGUGACUGCUUUCAAUGACUGGAGUAAAGAGAAGCAGUUCCGUGGGCUACAGAGCCGCAUCGAGCAGGAGCAGCGGUUCGCUGUAGUGCGCAAUGGAAAUGUCAUCCAGAUCCCCGUUGCAGAGAUGGUGGUUGGGGACAUGGCCCAGGUCAAAUAUGGUGACCUCCUACCUGCUGAUGGCAUCCUGAUUCAGGGAAAUGACCUGAAGAUUGACGAGAGCUCUUUGACCGGUGAAUCAGACCAUGUUCGGAAGUCAGCUGACAAAGACCCCAUGCUUCUCUCAGGUACCCAUGUGAUGGAGGGAUCAGGGAGGAUGCUGGUGACCGCAGUUGGAGUCAACUCUCAGACCGGCAUCAUAUUCACUCUACUGGGAGCCGGAGAAGGGGAGGAGGAAAAGAAAGAGAAGAAAGCUAAAAAGCAAGAUGGAGCCGUUGCCAUGGAGAUGCAGCCUCUGAAAAGUGCAGAGGGUGGAGAAGUGGAGGAGAGAGAGAAGAAAAAAUCCAACGUGCCCAAGAAGGAGAAGUCUGUACUGCAGGGCAAACUCACAAAACUGGCUGUGCAGAUUGGCAAAGCAGGUCUUGUAAUGUCUGCCAUCACCGUUAUCAUCCUGGUGCUGUACUUUGUGAUCGAGACGUUUGUGGUGGAGGGACAGAGCUGGUUGCCCGAGUGUACCCCUGUCUACGUGCAGUACUUUGUCAAAUUCUUUAUCAUCGGGGUGACUGUGCUGGUGGUAGCUGUGCCCGAGGGUCUUCCCCUUGCUGUUACCAUUUCUCUUGCCUACUCGGUUAAGAAAAUGAUGAAGGACAAUAACUUGGUGCGUCACUUGGAUGCCUGCGAGACAAUGGGCAAUGCCACUGCCAUCUGCUCUGACAAGACCGGCACACUCACAACCAACCGCAUGACUGUAGUACAGGCCUUUCUUAAUGACCAGCACUUCCGUGAGAUCCCUGACCCCAGCCAGAUCAACCCCAACACCCUGGAGAUGAUUGUCAAUGCCAUAUCUAUCAACUGCGCCUACACCUCCAAGAUAAUGCCACCGGAUGUAGAGGGUGGUCUGCCCAAGCAGGUUGGUAAUAAGACUGAGUGUGGUCUGCUGGGCUUCCUGCUGGGCCUGAAAAGAGACUAUGUUCCUGUGAGAGAGCAAAUUCCAGAGGAGAAGCUCUACAAAGUAUACACUUUUAACUCUGUACGCAAGUCCAUGAGCACUGUGGUGCAGAUGCCUGACGGAAGCUUCCGCCUGUAUAGCAAAGGAGCUUCUGAGAUCCUACUGAAAAAGUGUUCUGGGAUUCUUGGUGCCAAUGGUGAGCCACGGAGUUUCAGGCCACGGGACCGAGAUGAGAUGGUGAAGAAAGUGAUCGAGCCCAUGGCGUGUGAAGGCCUCCGAACCAUAUGCAUCGGUUAUCGUGAUCUUGCCUGCAACCCUGAACCUGACUGGGAUAAUGAAGCAGAAAUUGUUACAGAUCUGACCUGCAUUGCUGUUGUCGGGAUCGAAGAUCCAGUGCGACCUGAGGUCCCUGAUGCCAUUCGGAAGUGUCAGAGAGCAGGCAUCACUGUGCGCAUGGUCACUGGUGACAACAUCAACACAGCACGCGCCAUUGCUGCAAAGUGUGGCAUAAUUCAACCCGGGGAUGACUUUCUGUGCUUGGAUGGCAAAGAGUUCAACCGAAGAAUCAGAAAUGAGAAAGGAGAGGUUGAACAGGAGAGGAUUGAUAAGAUCUGGCCCAAGCUAAGAGUUCUGGCACGCUCUUCCCCAACAGACAAACACACUCUUGUAAAAGGCAUCAUUGACAGCACUGUUUUGGAGCAGAGACAGGUGGUGGCCGUAACUGGUGAUGGGACCAAUGACGGACCAGCUCUGAAGAAGGCAGAUGUGGGCUUCGCGAUGGGCAUAGCGGGAACUGAUGUAGCUAAAGAAGCCUCUGACAUCAUCCUGACUGAUGAUAACUUCUCCAGCAUUGUGAAGGCUGUCAUGUGGGGGAGGAAUGUGUAUGACAGCAUCUCCAAGUUCUUGCAGUUUCAGCUUACUGUCAAUGUAGUGGCCGUCAUAGUAGCUUUCACUGGGGCCUGCAUCACACAGGACUCUCCACUCAAAGCAGUGCAGAUGUUGUGGGUAAAUCUUAUCAUGGAUACAUUUGCCUCUUUGGCUCUUGCAACUGAGCCCCCCACUGAAGCCCUGCUGCUUCGGAAACCUUAUGGCCGUAACAACCCCCUCAUCUCCCUCACAAUGAUGAAGAACAUCCUGGGACAUGGAGUCUAUCAGCUCAUCAUCAUCUUCACCCUACUGUUUGUUGGAGAAAAAAUCUUCAACAUCGACAGUGGGCGCAAUGCCCCGUUACACUCCCCACCCUCUGAGCACUACACCAUCAUCUUCAACACCUUCGUCCUGAUGCAGCUCUUCAACGAGAUCAAUGCCCGCAAGAUCCAUGGUGAAAGAAACGUGUUUGAUGGCAUCUUCGGAAAUCCAAUCUUCUGCAGUAUUGUUCUGGGAACAUUUGUAAUGCAGAUUGUAAUUGUGCAGUUUGGGGGGAAGCCCUUUAGCUGUUCCCCUCUAAAUAUGGAGCAAUGGCUGUGGUGCCUCUUCGUGGGAGUCGGCGAACUGCUGUGGGGCCAGCUGAUCGCCACAGUGCCCACUAGUCACCUUAAGUGUCUGAAGGAGGCGGGUCAUGGUCCGGGUACAGACGAGAUGAUGGAAGACGAGCUGGCAGAGGAUGAAGAGGAGAUUGACCAUGCUGAGAGAGAGCUACGCAGGGGGCAGAUUCUCUGGUUCAGAGGCCUUAACCGUAUCCAGACUCAGAUGGAGGUAGUGAGCACAUUCAAGAGAAGUGGUUCGUUUCAGGGUGCAGUGAGACGUCGCUCUUCAGUGCUCAGCCAGCUCCAUGACAUGCGGGUGGUGAAAGCGUUCCAUAGCUCCAUUUAUGAAGGAAUGGAGAAACCUUCAUCCAGGAAUUCCAUCCACAACUUCAUGGCGCACCCCGAGUUUCUCAUCAAUGACAACAUUCACAACAUCCCACUGAUUGACGACACAGACACUGACGAAGAAUCAGAGUGGUCGAGGCAUAACCACCAAUUGCAUCCGGCCUUCCGAAAGCCCCCUCCUCCUCCAGUCCAGAGGUCCCAUCCACCGCCACGCCCCUAUCGCCAGUACAGCCUCCCCGCCACACCUAACUGCAACAACAACGCCAUCGAGAGUGCUAUCUACAACCUAAACAUCCCCACAAGCCCCAAUGGGCACUGGACAUCCCCCUCUCGACAGCUCUACCCCCUCCUCACCCUGGAGACUUCUCUCUGACUGACUCCAGAUAAACCUAAAAGACUUUGAGGAUGCAGUUGUGUGAGUCAUGCUGGUGGGGGAGGCACCUAUGGACAUGAUAUAGGUGGUUGACCCCAUACUCACUGAGCAGAAGACAGGGUCCAUCACAUUACAAUCACUUACCCUUACAACUACCACCAUCCACUACAAUCACUAACACUCCUCGUGUUUCAAAAACAACUAAGCCCACAUGCAACUCUCCUCUCACUGUGUGGAGAGGAGGCCAGUCUGCUGUGUGUCUGGAGUUCCUUUGAACGGACCUAAGGUGAGGAAUCCAGACCCGAUGGACUUUUAGUGGUUAUUUAGUGCAGGUGACUACUGACUUCUCAGAAUGCAAAGGAAUAUUCUCAACAGGUGGUGUAGGGGUCCAUUCACUUAACUUUUUUUGGGGUUACUAAAGUCAGUAUGAUUAUUAUCAUGUUUUUACUUACUAUUUCAGCCAUCUUCAUGAGUGCUCAGAUUAUCAUUGCAACAUCACAGAGUACAAUUUGUAAUACUCUAUGACCAAUGCUUUAUGCUAUGAUUAGCUUUACAAACAUUUAUUUAUUUAUUCAUUGGUUUAUUUAUCUAUUUAUUUAUUGAGAUCAUCAAAAAAAUCAUUUUCACUUUAUCUAUUUCUCUCUCUCUAUGUGUCUGUGUGUGUGUUAUGUCUGUCCUAAAAACAUAAAAAAGUGACAAAAAAUAAGCACUAACAAAGCAAAGAUUAUAUAAAUUUGAAGCUUAGAAUAAUUUAAUUAUAAUGCGUCUGCUAUUAACAAAAAGAAGACAAAAACAUUGCAGCGCCAUUUAACUUUCUGUUGCCCGAUCAUUGUUUUACAAACAUUUAAUGGAAAAAUAUAAUUUUAGCUUAUUAUUUCAGGACAAUUUGUAGCUUUACUCUGAGUGAGAGGAAGCAUUUUUCAAUACCAUGAGUACUGAUAUUUUAAAUAUUUACUCUAUAUGUUCUUGUUUAAAAUAGGCUACAGGGUAGAGGAUUUGGGCAAGCCCCUCUCAGAGAUACAUUGGUUGAAGUGGUAGUCAUUUUGAUGGUUUUCCAUCUUAGCAAUGGCAAUCAGCCUUAAGACAAAAUAGCCUUUGUUAAUAUGUAUUACCUUAUUCAAAUGAGCUGACUCAAAGUCCUGGUGAUUUCAGUGGUAUUGCCCAGACUCAACAUUUAAUGGUGUCUUAUAUUUCUCUUUUGCUUUAAAGCCAUUGAAAUCAUGCUGUUUAGAGGACACCAACAAAUGCAUUAACCCUUUAAACAUUUUCAAAUAAUCAUAUUUGCUCAGUACAGGCAUACAUGUUAGCCCUUUAAAAACAUUCAUAUUCACACUUGCUUUCCUCAUAUGGGUCAAAUAUUUAUCAGAUUAUGAUAAAUAUCUAUGAUGAACUCAUACAGACUGUGGUCAGAGGGCAUACACGAUUGUAGGGUAAUCCAUCUUAUACUGCCACACCUUAGUUAAUGAAUAUCAAAGAUACAAACGAUGGACAAUCUGUGAGGGUAUCAUUACUUUUGCACAAUAUCAGGUUUCACUGUUUUGGGCAAACACCCAAAGGGUGGUGCAUUCAGAAUGAUUGUGAUGUUCACCAUGGCACACUGUCUGACUAUUGGUCUCUAUGAUUCCAGAGAGGACAUUGUAGAACAAUAUGUUUGCACAGAACAAUGAUCCCAUUAUAUAAUGACAUGCAUGAUCAAUUUAUAGUAUGUUUGAUUCACUUACAUUCUAUCUACAUUCCUCUGAUCAGUGUACCAUCAGGGGUUACAUCCUAGUACAUCCCAUAAUCUUCUGGGUUUGUACAGUUUUGAUCAUACUGCUAAAGUCAAAGCAUUGCAAUGUAGACUGGCACUUAUGCAACAUACUGCCCUGUCCACAGCUCUGUGAAAUAUGCUUAACGACAUGUACAUAAGGAUCUAAGAAAAAUACCUUUAUCUGUAUAGAAUACUUUUCUAGAUUGUCCAGUUUUGAGAAACUGGCAAAUAUUGAAAGCUGACAAUGCAAGCAUGAGCCUCACUAGAUCAUGUCAUUGCAUUGGUCAAUCGUGUCUGUGCAGAGCAUGUUGAUAUCAUAGCGCUCUUCAUCGUCAUUGUUUGACUUCACUUUUGUCUGUCAGUGCUUCACUGUGUCUCUGUCAAUGCUUCACUGUGUCAACAGUUGGUGGAUACACAUUUCUCUUCCCAGCGCAUCUGUGCUGUCGUUUGUGUGGGAUUGUCCAUGCUGAUUUUCUCCUCCUGAUUCUCUGCCCUGUUAUAAGGUAUUGAGCCUGGGGUUGGAGCAGUAUCACGCUGCCAAUCUGACUACUAAAUGCCAUUAGACACACUGCUUAAAAUGGGUUGACCCAUUCUACAAAGACAGAAAAUGUGUUUAUUUAGACAUAGAUGGAAACUGAUAAUUAAAAAAAAUAAUAAUAAUUCUGUUCACCCAUUUUAAGCAGUUAAUAAACUUCUUUCUAUGUAUGACUGUGUCCAGCCUUUCAAUGAGUUGAUCAUGCUCAGACAGUUCCAGUGGAGUCUCCUUUGGGGAGAGCGCUGGCAGGUCAAUGAGAAUGAACCCAUUUAAAGGCACAGACGCAACCAGCAGACCAAAGUGGUGGUCAGAGAAGAUGGAACUUGAUUAGACCACUGAUCCUGCUAAACAUAUAUGCAUAAUAAACAAACAUUUCCUAACCUUAUCUUAUCCUCAGUAAAGUUUUACUACCAAAAUAGGCCUCAAGCUACGCUUGUCUCUGAAUAAUUAGAAUUUAAGUAUAUCGAAGAUGUAUACCCCAGUCUUACAACUCUCCAGACAGUGAUGAUAUAUAUAACAAUGGCAUAUGUAUGGUAUCCCUCCUUUCCAUCAAAAUUAUCAGCCACUUUAUCGAGACUUGGAAUCCUGAUAGAGUGAGAGAUACAUAUAUGUAUAUUACGCAUACAUACUGUAUAUAUCAAUUUAAAAAAAAAAAAACAGGUAAAUCAAAACUUUAUUGUCUACCUUCAUUUUGUUUCAUCCUGUUGUAGAAAUAUCAUGCAAGAUAAGGUGAAAAAAAUUUAAUGUGAAAAAGAGUAAAUAAUAUAAUAUAUUUAAUAUAAAAGUUAUAAAUUAUUGUACAACUGCACCAUCACUGUACAUCUUGCCAAAAUGUGCACAUGUGCAUCUUUUGUUUACGAUUUAAGCACUUUUUUAUUUUAUUACUUUUUAUUGUCUCUUUCUUUCUCCUUUUGCUUUUUUGUAAAGAAUCAAAAUUGAACAGCUUGUACAUUAUAAUGAUUAUUAUUAUGACUAUUAUUACAAUGAUUUUUAGCAAUUUUGUCUUUUUCCAGCAGUGCUCUUUUAACUGAUGGAAAAAAAAACAGACAGUUGCACAUUCUCCUGAACAUACACAUACUGCUCUACAAUGGUAAAAAAUUAUUAAAAAAAAAAACAGAAAAAAAAAUUAAACUAUUAAAUAUAUUAAUAAUUACCUGCCUGUUAUUUAAGAGAAAAAAGUAUCUAUCUAUGAUGAAAGAACACAGCUGUAAACUGUAGACUAAACUGUAUGGAAAUCUAAGAAUUUACUGGGAAAAUAAGUCAACUCUUUUUGUCUGUAUAAAAAAUCUAAUCAAAGUAUUCUACAAUAAUAAC